UGAGUCUUGUGACUUUUGUCAGCUGAAUUUUUGGUCAUAGCAGCACCUAAAUAAGUGAAAAUUUGUGCGGAAAGUUCUUUAAAAUUGAUCAUUUUGAUUCACUGUGCUUAAUUAAUUUCUUAAGUGAACAAAAAUAAGCAAAAUGGCAGAUGUUAAGGAUUUAAUAAAUUUGCCCGAUGAGAACAUCGAUAUGAUUGCUGCCACUUCGGUGCUUCAGCAACAAGCAGCUGACAUACGUACCAAAACCAUUAACUGGGCCUCUUAUAUGCAGUCACAGAUGAUUUCACAAGAGGACUAUCAUGCAAUCAGCGCCCUGGACACCUCCAAGGCAGCCUAUCUGCAAAGGAAUUCCUCACAAGCGGUGAAAACUUUGUUAAAUCUGCUCUCCCAUGUUUCGAAAGAUCAGACAAUACAAUACAUACUCGUAAUGAUCGAUGAUAUGCUGCAAGAAGAGCGUUCACGUGUCGAUUUUUUUCACGACUAUGCCAAGCAAAACAAAGAAUGUGUUUGGGGGCCUUUCCUUAACUUAUUAAAUCGUCAAGAUGGUUUCAUUGUUAAUAUGUCAUCGCGUAUUCUAGCAAAACUUGCUUGCUGGGGUCAUGAACUCAUGCCAAAGUCGGAUUUGAACUUCUACUUGCAGUUUUUGAAGGAUCAGCUGACCGUGAAUGCCAAGGUGUACAUAAAAGAGAAGGCCACGAUGGCUAAGCGGGUGCAGACAAUUGUGGUUCAUCAACAUGGACAUGGUAAAGACCAGCAAUCGUCCAAGAACAGCAGUCAAUAUAGCCCGAAUAUGGCGCAACAACAGCAAUCCCAGCAACAAAUGGCAAGCGAGAGGUAUCGUGAGAUGACAGUAGAUCAACAAAAUGUGCUUGCCGAAAACAGGGUUCCUAUUCCGGCCAAUGAGUAUAUUCAAUCGGUCGCCCGCUGUCUUCAAAUGAUGCUUCGUAUUGACGAAUAUCGUUUUGCUUUUGUGUCGGUGGACGGCAUUAGCACACUGAUUAGUAUUCUUUCGUCUCGUGUUAAUUUCCAGGUGCAAUACCAAUUAGUGUUUUGUUUAUGGGUGCUUACUUUCAAUCCACUUUUGGCCACCAAAAUGAAUAAGUUCAGUGUUAUACCAAUUUUGGCAGAUAUCCUGAAUGAUUGCGCCAAGGAAAAGGUCACUCGCAUAAUUUUGGCCGUUUUUCGUAAUCUAAUUGAGAAACCUACUGAUCCGCAAGUAGCGAAGGAGCAUUGCAUUGCAAUGGUUCAGUGCAAAGUUCUGAAACAGUUGUCCAUUUUGGAGCAACGUCGCUUCGAUGAUGAGGAUAUCUCCGCCGAUGUUGAAUUCCUCACCGAGAAACUGCAGAACUCUGUACAAGAUUUGAGUUCCUUCGACGAAUAUGCGACUGAGUUACGAAGCGCUCGCCUUGAAUGGUCACCAGUGCAUAAGUCGGCUAAAUUCUGGCGUGAAAAUGCUCAUCGUUUGAACGAGAAAAAUUACGAACUAUUGCGUAUUCUUGUACAUUUGUUGGAGACCUCAAAAGAUCACAUUAUACUCUCAGUGGCUUGUUUUGACAUUGGGGAAUAUGUGCGUCAUUAUCCAAGAGGCAAACACGUUUUGGAGCAGUUGGGUGGUAAACAAAUUGUAAUGCAGCUUCUGGCUCACGACGAUCCAAAUGUGCGUUAUGAAGCUCUCCUAGCGGUACAAAAAUUGAUGGUACACAAUUGGGAAUACUUGGGCAAACACCUGGAAAAGGAAAGUGAAAAUCAACCUCAAAAAGGAGGUUCAGCGCCAAUCAGUGGUAAAGCCUAAGUAACUUAAAAAAUAUGCGUUCGCUUGUCAAAAACAAUCGGCUAUAAUGUACGCCGACUAGGUGUCGAUGAAAUAAAUGUUGAUUGUACUAAAAUUCUCCUAAAAUAAUAAAUACCAUAAUAAUUUAUAGUUACUUUGAAUAAAUAUAGCUCCAUCUUAAAAAACUGAAGUAUAACAGCAGCAGCAGAAGUGUACAUGAAAAUUCUGGCAGUUCAAUCCAAAAAAUUGUAUUUUAUAUUUAAUUGUUUCAUCAUUCCAUUUUAUUUUGCGUACUAUUAUUUAAAAAUUAUUAUUGUUGUUGUUGAAAUAUUUUGAUCGCUAUGUUUGUUUUUAUUAUUAUUCUACAAAGUUUGUGCAUCAUUUUAAAAAAAUUGAGUCAGUAUUUUUGGGAUGUAUACUGCUGAAAUAUUAUGCAAAUAUAGUUAAUCGAAGAAAUUCAAUGAAUAUUUUAAUGAAUGUAUUAUAUAAUAAAUAUAGACAAAUGAAGAUUUAAAGUAUAAAAAUGCAA